UGCCACGGCCGGCUCUCCAAGAUGGCGUCAGCGCCGCCUCCAUCGGCGGCCAAGCUGUACCGGCCGAACCGCUUCGUCUCGCUGCCGGCCGAGCUUGACCCCUACACCUACGACACAUCUCCGGAGAAGCGCCGCGCCGUGGCCGAACGCCUGGAGAUCCGCUCCCGGCUCAAGCGGCAGUACCUGCUGCAGCUCAACAACCCCAGCCCUCCCGCCGUCAUCGAAAAUCCCGCCUUGAUCCGCUGGGCCUAUGCGAAGUCGCAGAACGUCUACCCUACUUUCCGCCCGACACCCAAGACGUCCUUUCUAGGAGCUGCUUGUGCGUUAGGCCCCCUCCUCUUCUGGAUCUUUGUCUUGAAAGCUGACAGGGAUCGUAAAGAGAAGCGUAUCCAGGAAGGUAAAAUCAAGCAGCCAUUCAGUGUAUUCUUCUAAGUUCCUGGAAUUGCAGUGAUGUUCAUGGGAUAUAUAAAUAAAAUAAGAUGCAUUAUGUGAUGACAUUUCUCUGUCACAGGAAUAAAUCUUAAUUACUU